GUCGUCGUUUGCUCCAGUUUCUUUUUUUCUGCCACUACUUUUUCCCCAUUGAAAAAAGUAAGAGAGACUGAUUAUCAGUCGAUCAGAAAGAAAUCGCGAGUUUUAUUCAUUUUGUUCAUGUUCAAGAUAGCUUUUCCCAAGCUUCUUCACAUUCCCCAAACUCGCAAUUGACUAUAUUUAAUUAGUAUAAAUCUAAUUGUCAAUUCAUAAUGAAGCGCAAAGCCCAAUCGCAAGCUGUAGGCCAUAAACCUGCCAAAAAGAAGUCUAAGAAGACUUCACUGAGCGACGAGGAAGCUAAGAAGAGAUUCAGGAAAGGUCUCUUUGACAAAGAUAUCCUGGACAAAUACACCCAAGGAUAUGCCAAAUCCACACCCUACAAGCAUAGCGUCAUCCACGAGCUGAUCGACGAUACCUUACUACGAUCCGUCCGCGAGGAGAUCAAGGACAAUGUCUCCUUCACCCCCAAAGAAACUGAUAUCUAUAAGAUCCACCAAUCCGGCGACCUUGCGAACCUCGACGGCUUAGACGAUGAGGCUCUAGCUAGGCUUCCCUCCUUGCUUGCUCUUAGGGACGCAGUAUACUCGCAGGCAUUUCGAGACUAUGUCGCGCAUAUUACUGGAUGCGGCCCCCUGAGUGGUAGAAAGACAGACAUGGCUAUUAAUGUGUAUACCCCGGGAUGCUAUCUUCUAUGCCACGACGACGUUAUUGGUAGUCGCAAAGUCAGCUAUAUCCUCUACCUAACCGAUCCCGACAUUCCCUGGAAAGCCGAAUGGGGCGGCGCGCUAAGACUCUUUCCCGUGCGAACGAUCAAGGGCAAGGAUGGCCAAGUAGCGAGGACACCUGCGCCGGACGUCAGCAAGGUUAUCCCCCCCGCGUGGAACCAGUUGAGUUUCUUUGCCGUUCAACCUGGCGAGAGCUUCCAUGAUGUCGAAGAGGUCUACCAUGCUGAGAGCAAAGAACAACUCCAGAAGGAGGGAGGAAGGGUCCGUAUGGCUAUCAGUGGCUGGUUCCAUAUCCCUCAGGUCGGAGAGGCCGGAUACGUCGAAGGCGCCGAGGAGAAGCAGGCCAAGAACAGCGGUUUGAUGCAACUGCAAGGCAACCCAGAUCAGUAUGACAUGCCUCAGCUGAAACCAGUUCCGGUCGAGCAACCGCAGUCGGGCUCUCAAGAAGAAUUUGACGAGGCCGACCUAGAGUUCUUGCUCAAGUAUAUGGCCCCGACCUACCUCACUCCUGAUACCCUUGAGCAAAUCUCAGAAGAAUUCGAGGAAGAGGCUAGCAUCACUCUACCUAACCUUCUUGGGAAGAAGUUUGCAAAGAAACUACGAGACUACGUCGCCGCUCAAGAUAGUGCACCUCUACCGGAAGACGCUACGGAGAUUGAGAAGGGUGCCUGGCGGGUAGCAAAGCCACCCCAUAAGCACCGGUACCUAUACCUUCAACCAGACAACGCCGCCGCCUCCAAAAAGAAUGGAAAGUCGAAAAAGGAGGACUCGCCUAUAAGAGAGCUCCUAGAGGAAUUCCUCCCGAGCCCGCAGUUCCGCCGCUGGUUACAGAUGGCGACAGACUCCGUGAUCGAGAGCCAUGACUUCGUCGCUAGGCGCUUUAGACGCGGUAAAGACUACACGCUCGCCACAGGGCACGAAGGCAAGCCGCGCCUCGAAUUAUCCCUAGGCAUCACGCCGACAAGCGGCUGGGGCGACGAAGACGAGGAAGAGGAAGAGGAAGCCGCCGCCGAAGAAGAAAGCGCCGAGGAUACCAAAGCCAACGGUAAGGGGAAGGGCAAGGCUAAACCCAAAGCUGAGACCUCGAAGAAGAACAAGAAUAGCAAGAAGGAGCCCGAGGAGGAGGAGGAGGAGGAAGAGGAAGAGGUGGAAGUCGGCGGCCAUGAGGUAUACAUGGCAGGCGACGACGAUGCAGCAAACGAGGACGCGGCCGUGUACAAGUCCAGCGGCGAGGAUGAUAAUAUCCUGUUCUUCCAGGCUGCGGCCUGGAACAAGAUGUCCCUGGUCUUGCGCGAUAGCGGCACUCUCAAGUUCGUCAAGUACGUUAGUCAUAAAGCGCCUGGUGACAGGUGGGAUAUUACCGGUUCGUUUGAGGUCGAGGAGGGGGAUGACAAUGACGAUGACGAUGAUAAUGAGGGGGAUGGGGAUGGGGAGGCUGGUAAGGCGGAGGGAACGGGUGUGCUGGAUGAUACGGAGGAGGAGUGGAAUGGCUUCUCUUCGUCGGAGGAUAGCGAUUCGGAUUAAGUUGCCUUGCCUUAGGUACUUAUAUAUAAUAAGGUAACAGCUGACUAUUUGGCCUAUCUAUAUAGCAGCUUGAGGCUGG